GAUUAUUACUCGCCUAGGUAGGCAGAUGGUCAACGCAGUACGCAGUCUUGCAGUAUUCAGUGUUAACUGUUUAGAAAUAGUGAUAAUUGUUGGAUAUUUGUAGUAUUUUUCGGAAGUCUGGCAUGAUAGUUUGAUUUGACAGAAGGACUAGGUCGUUAAGAUGGAUUGGUGCUUUGAAGCGAUGAGUAAAAGUGAUCGGGGUUUGGCAUAAUAAUGUCAGAUUGGUGACGUUUCGAGGUCUACGGAAAUGUAUAAAGGCAUCACAGGAGCAGCAGUAGCAGCUGACAAUUUUUACACAUCUGACAGUUAAAAUAACGCUUGCGUAAUUCAAAUUUUAAAUAUAAUACAACAAACCACAGAUAUAACUGAGGUCUUUAUGACCGUAUUCACGUGAUCUAUUCGCAUAAUAAAGACGCAAUUGCGUUUAUGAUGGCGUGUACUGAUGUCUCAUCAAACAGAAAACAUUACAUGGGUCCAGAGUCCCUGGCUGAUCUCAGCUUCAGGUUGAUUUGCACAAAUUUGGAUAUAAUAUCAAGCAAGGAUGAACGAGGGUAUAGAAUUUUGCACCCAGGAAUUGCACUUCCGAGUGGAAUAUGUGACAGGAUUAUUGAAUUUGUCCAGAAAAAUGGGACUGGCGACGUUGAUGAUUAUUUCAUAUCUAUAUUUAAAAAUAAUUCUACUAAACUAAAGCGAGUAAAGAUUGUAAACUGCAGCUUGUCAGAUGAGUCUGUUUUCACUAUUACCAAACACAAAGUUGCGGAGCUUGAAUUAAGCGAAUGUGGAAAUAUGACAGAGUUAUCGUUGGAGCAUAUUAACGCCAACUCUGAAAACCUUGUCAGUUUGGCUUUUCGAGGAGCCUCAACGGUCAUUCCUCCAUACCUGAAAGAUGAUGAAGAUUUACCUACAAAUUACAGCAGAAGAGGCUAUGUGUUAAAAGCUCCCAAUUUGAGACGACUAGCUCUUUGGUAUCUGCGAAUACCAGCUACGGAGUACAUCCUGUUAUUAUCAGGUUUAACCAGUCUUACUCACUUGGAUUUGUCAUAUGCUUCAAAUAUUGGCAAUCUUUACUUCCACAAACUCAUACCAAACCUUGUUUCACUAUCGCUUUACAAUGUAAACGUCAGCGCCAGUUGCAUCAGAAGUAUUUGCCACUUAAAAAAUUUAAGGGAGUUGGAUAUAUCUCAAUCAAAUACUAAAUUUGGAGAAUAUGCGUUUCCAAAUAAAACACUUGAAACACUGAUCUGGGGAUUGCCAAACCUUAUUUCAUUGGAUAUCGGUGGUACUAAUCUAGCAGGAACUGGAGUUGCAGAAAAACCAGAUCAUCCCGUUGAAAAAGAUUGUCAACUAUGCGAUAUACCAGGACUUACGUCAAGAGUUAAUAAGCCCUUACAAUUUUUGGGUCUCUAUGGAACUGCUCAUGGAGCCUGCAGGCGACGCGACAUUCCUGCCAAAGUGAUAGCAGGAGACUCCAAUGAGGAACAAAUAUUAGUUGCGGCAAGAGUUUGUAUGGAUAACAAACCGGAUCUUUUAAGAAAAGUUUUGAGCGAUCUGUAUCAUGUCUUUAGAUAUGAAACUUGUAAGCACAUGGAUCAGGCGUUGUGUAUUGUUCUUGAAGCAAUGGAAAAACACCCCUCUGAAAGGCAUAUACAAAUUUCGGGAAGCGCGACGUUGUUCUACAUAGUUAAACUGAAGGAAGAAAACGGAUUAGUUGUAGAAAUGAAACGAAGAAUAAUAGGCUCUCUACUCGCAGGAAUGAGUGCUCAUAGGGAUGAAGAUACUAUGAUGCGCAAUGGUUGCUUAGCUUUAUGUCAGUUUCGCAUCCCCCAUGACGUGAUGUGGAAUUACGAAGUACUCGUAAGAGUGCUGUUACACUCGGCACAAAAUGCGGAACCUGAAGGAUUUGUUCAACGGAUUGGGCUUUACUUACUGAACUCACUAGCCUGUAAAGUUGAUGGAAAGCAAAAACUGCUUUUAGGAGAAUUAGGCUGCGUCCCAACUAUGUUACGAUUGAUCGAAUACAGGCUUAAGCGUAGAAUAUUUGACGAUGUGUUGGAAGUAGCCUGGUCUACCAUGUGGAACAUGACCGAUGAAACUCCAAGCAAUUGUAAACGGUUUUUGGAUGCACAAGGCAUGCGGCUCUUUCUUGGGUGCGCAGAUGCUUACCCAUAUAAGGAAGAGUUACUAAGAAAUAUGAUGGGGCUAUUGGGUAAUGUAGCAGAAGUGGAAGAACUCCGACCAAAACUGAUGCGAACACGAUUUAUAGACGUUUUUGCGGACAUGUUGUCAUCUGACAGUGAGGGGAUCGAGUUGUCUUACAACGCAGCAGGCAUUCUGGCGCACUUAGCAUCAGAUGGGGAAAAUGCAUGGGUAAUUGAACGACCUGCUAGAACAGCUGUGCUUGCUCGAAUGGUUGUUGCUAUUGAACGCUGGGAUUUAUCUACAGAGCGGAACAUCAACUAUCGAUCAUUUGUCCCAUUAUUAAGGCUACUAGAUAUAUAUCAUACUCCAGAAUGCCAACUCUGGGCUAUCUGGGCCCUUGCCAAUCUUACAAAGGUUUACCCUACAAAGUAUUGCAUCUUGGUGGAAAGUGAGGGUGGUUUGGAAAAACUUCAACGUUUGAUAGAAGAUACUAGACCCUAUGCUCGGAUCAAGGAACUCGCCUACCAAGUGCUAACACAAUGCCAGCUCGCUGGCUACCGAGAAAAAUUUCAAUCUUUAACAUCGCCCUCUGAUAAUGAGUGUAGUGCUCAAAGCUCUUAGACUCCGUGAAUUAUCUGGUGAUUAUAAGAUAGAUGUAUACAGCCCUAAACUCCAUACAUGUAAAUAGCAAUCCCUUAUAAUAAAAGAAAUUAUUGAACGAGAA